UUGUUGGAGUUAAAUAUGGUAAAGAAUCCAACUAUAAAAUGGGGACUUGCCCCAGCAUUCUUUCACAAACCAAAACCAACUUCUAAGAAAAAAAUGAGGUCCCUAAUGGCCUCUGCUUCUCUCACUCUUGCAUUAGCCAUCCUCUUUUUGAGUUUCCCAUCUGAAAUUUCAGCAAACAAAUACGCAUAUUCCUCUCCACCACCACCACAUUACUCAUCUCCUCCACCUCCACCGGUUCACACUUACCCUAAACCAGUCUACCACUCUCCACCACCACCAGUUCACACCUACCCUAAACCAGUUUACCACUCUCCACCACCACCAGUUCACAAGUACCCUCACCCUAAACCAGUAUACCACUCUCCACCACCCCCAGUUCACAAGUACCCUCAUCCACACCCAGUCUACCAUUCUCCACCACCCCCAGUUCACAAGUACCCCCAUCCUCACCCAGUGUACCACUCUCCCCCACCACCACCACCAAAGAAGUCCUACAAAUACCCAUCUCCCCCACCACCACCAGUUCACACCUACCCUAAACCAGUCUACCACUCUCCUCCACCCCCAGUUCAUCACACCUACCCUAAACCAGUCUACCACUCUCCUCCACCCCCAGUUCACACCUACCCUCACCCUAAACCAGUCUACCACUCUCCACCACCCCCAGUUCACACUUACCCUAAACCAGUCUACCACUCCCCACCACCACCAGUUCACACCUACGUCCCUCACCCUAAGCCAGUCUACCACUCUCCACCACCACCAGUUCACACCUAUCCCCCACAUGUUCCCCACCCAGUUUACCAUUCUCCUCCUCCUCCAGUUCAUUCCCCACCUCCACCACACUAUUACUACAAAUCACCUCCUCCACCUUACCACAACUAGAUAGCCCAUAAUUGGCAUCACACCAUAUGGAUCUAAACAGAAAGUGUGAAAGCAAAGAAAGCCAUGCACAAAGAAGAUCAAGGGGAUUCUUCACAUAUAUUUCGUCAGCAUUUGAUUAAGAUUGUUUAGAGGGCUCCGUUUAUUUGUAUUUAAUUUGUGUUUUUGUUGUAUUAUCCACAGCUGUAAGGCACUGCCCCAAUAUGCAUGUGUCUGCAGUUGUUUUCAUGCAUUGUAAUUUUCAAAGUUCGGCUUUGUAUCAAGCUGACUCACAAACUAAAUAAAUAUAUAUCCCCUAUUAUAGUAAU